UAAGGUGAUGCACAUAGGAAUCAGGAAUCACUAAUUCUUUGUCAACCUUCCCAAUGCGUUUUCUGCCGCUAUUCGUCACAUGCUUGUUGUCUUCCUUCUCGGGGUGCCAAAAGACCCAUUCUUAUCCAUCACUAUCUUCUCUCUAUAAAAAUACCAAUAAAGUGUUGGACAAAAUAGCCCAUGUUGUUUUAACAUUGUUUUUCUGAAUUUCUGAAAGAUAUAGAGAAAAUGUUCGUAAUGGGAAUAAGCUUGCAAUGCUUGAUGGACUUGGUGGUAGCUGGAUUUUCGCUCAUGAUUGGGUUGGGGAUUUUCGCUUUUAUUGCUUCUAUUUUAUGCUCUGCUGCUUUUUACCAGAACGCCAAGCAACUUUCUUGAUACCCCCUUAUGGAUUUAGGGUAAGAAAUAAAAAGGGGUUUCUUCCACUAUCCGUCUACUUUAUCUGGUGUAAAUCUCCUACAUGAAUCUGCCACUCUAGUUGUUUUUAAGCCAGGAACUGCAUGGAGAGAUGAACUGAACUAAUGCAGUGCCCAUUUAACUCUUUUGUUGUUUGUAAUAGGUAGAGAGAAUUAUGUACCAUUAGAGAAAAAAAGGCAUUUGUUCAAGUGUAAUGAAUUUGCAGUUUUGAGACUGCUGUUUCCCUUCUGCUAUAUAUAUAGUUUUUAUUUUAA